AUGGCUGACUUGAAGAACCAGAUCAACUUCAACUACCACUGUCCUUAUUACUCCUACGCUUUCGGCAUUAUGUACCAGUCCGGGCCCGAGCAGAACCACGGGAACUUGAGCGGCUGGAGCGACAGCACGGUGGCGGACUUGGGCAACUCCAACCCCGGGGUAACACAGGCCUACUACGCUGCCGCCACCGCCACCACCAACAACACCACCGGCGUCACCAGGACCCCGGAGGAGUCUCCGCCACACAGCCCGGAGCGGCACGCCGUUAACGGCCACGGUCACUACCAGGGCUCCGGGGUCGUUUAUCUCGGUGACACCCAACCAGGCAGCCUACUGGUGACCGGACCACCCCAAUCUGCAUACGAUGCCCGGGAGAACGAGGUUGGUCGGGCCGGCAGCGACACGAUGAGCGACACCGAGGUGCGCACUUCACCGGACUCCUGGAGCUCCAGCAGCAGCAGCAGGGAAGGGAGUCUCCCCCAUGCAGACCCUGCCACAUGGGCCAAGAAAGACCUUCACCAGGAGACCAGCAGAGUGAGCCCUGGCGCCAACAGGACCGUCUCCAGCUCUCUCAUAGAGGAGCCGCGAGCUUUCCCUGUCCCUGAGGGCAACCUCGCCAACAACAACACCUCUGCUGCACCCAUAACUGCCCCAAAGAAACCAGGCACCCCUGGCAUGAACAACCCUAGAGGAAAGGUCCGGACAGCCUUCUCAGAGAGCCAGAUGAACACUCUCGUCCAUCGCUUCAGCGUGCAGAGGUACCUCACCCCAGCUGAGAUGAAGAACCUGGCUGAGCUCACAGGCCUGACUUACAAACAGGUGAAGACUUGGUUUCAGAACCGAAGGAUGAAGCUGAGGAGGCACCAGAAGGACACCAGCUGGGUGUCGGAGCGCUACUCUAUCAACAAGGAAAGCAUGUUCUCAACGAUUCCCCCGUAUAUCCCACCUUAUCAGGGAGAGGCACGGCCCCAGCUCAGGGAGCAUUACAACCAACACGUGAUGGAAGCGGCCUUCAAAAAGACCACUCCACAGAACCUGGCCUUCUAUCUGGCCGCCAUGGGCACCGGAUCCCCUGGCUAUCCCGCCUGGUCCUCCACCUCGCCGCAGGCUGCAGCGCCCAACAGGCCCCAGAUGACCAGCUGGUCCAUGCCACAGGGCGUCGGCAAUUACGAAUACAACCCCAGUCCAUUUAACUUGGCCCCCGUCGCUGCUUUAAACAACUUCGGCCACGAUCCAAGCUUUGAAAACAACGAUGGAGUGCCUGUCAACACCCAGAGCUCCCUCAAUGCUGCCAUGGCUCACAACACCGGCCAGUAG